CCGCAGUAUCUGGUCAUCCCCUGUACUGUGUCCGCAGUCUCUGGUCAUCUCCUGUACUGUGUCCGCAGUCUCUGGUCAUCUCCUGUAAUGUGUCCGCAGUCUCUGGUCAUCCCCUGUACUGUGUCUGCAGUCUCUGGUCAUCUCCUAUACUGUGUCCACAGUCUCUGGUCAUCUCCUGUACUGUGUCUGCAGUCCAUUGAUUCAGAACAUUUUUUUUCUUGUUUUUUCUCCUCUAAAACCUAGGUGCAUCUUAUGGUCAGGUGCGUCUUAUGGAGCGAAAAAUACGGUACAUAAAAAUGGU